CAACCGUUAACGGCGGGGAGAGAGUGCAUGUGUAAAGAGUCGGGCGGAGUUCUUACUGUAACACCACCACAUGAGUCGCACCACCAAGCGUCAAACCUACUCCGAGAGGAAGACGUAGAGAAUGACUUGUAUACAUGGCAAUCUUUCCAGCUUUUCUUAUAUUUUCAAUGAAAGUGGCAUCAGUAAGCGCUUAGAAGAAAACUAGUGUUUUAAGGAGUCUUCAUUCAGAGACGAGAAGCGGGAGACAAGUAGGCUACAACGUUUCAUUUCUUAUAAGGGCUGUGUCCAGAGGGUCCCCUCAGCGUCGGCAGCAGGGUCGUUGUGAGGAGAUGGCGUAUACGCUGGGCUCGGGGUCAGACUCGGGCGCCGCGGCGGUGCCCCAGCACUGCGUGACCCGCGUGGAGCUGUCCGUGUGCGGCGCCAACCUCCUGGACCGCGACGUGGCCUCCAAGUCCGACCCCUUCUGCGUCCUCUUCCACGAGGUGGACGGCAACUGGGUCGAGAUGGGACGGACGGAGACGGCGGUUAAUAACCUGAACCCCGUCUUCGGGGUCAAGUUCCAGGUGGACUACCACUUCGAGGAGGUCCAAAAGCUGAAAUUCGCCAUGUUUGAUGAGGACAAGUGCAGCAGCCAACUCUACGAGCAUGACUUCCUGGGAGAGUUCAGUUGCACACUGGGGGUGAUUGUGUCCAAUAAGAAACUGCACCGACCUCUUAUUCUAGCCAAUGGCAAACCAGCUGGGAAGGGAACUAUCGCAAUAACUGCCCAGGAGCUGUCUGACAACAGGAUCAUCACUCUGACCCUGUGUGGGAGGAAGCUUGAUAAAAAGGACUUCUUUGGGAAGUCAGACCCGUACCUGGAGUUCCACAAGCAGGGGGAGGACGGGAAGUGGAUGCUGGUCCACAGGACCGAGGUGAUAAAGAACACCUUGGAUCCAGUGUGGAAAUCUUUCACUGUUCCCCUGAUCUCUCUGUGUAAUGGCGAUGUAGACAGAAACAUCAAGGUCCUGUGUUAUGACUACGACAACGAUGGAGGCCAUGACUUCAUAGGAGAAUUUCAGACCACCGCAACCAAGAUGAGCGAGGCUCAGAAUUCAUUGGAGGUGGAAUUUGAGUGUAUCAAUCCGAAGAAACAGAAGAAGAAGAAGAACUACAAGAAUUCCGGCGUCAUCGUUCUCAAGUCAUGCAAGAUUGCCAGAGACUACACCUUCCUAGACUACAUCUUGGGAGGCUGCCAGCUCAUGUUUACUGUUGGGAUAGACUUCACGGCGUCCAAUGGCAACCCUCGAGAGGCGUCUUCCCUCCACUACAUCAACCCCCUGGGCAGCAACGAGUACCUGUCGGCCAUCUUGGCUGUAGGCCAGAUUAUACAGGACUACGACACCGACAAAAUGUUUCCUGCUUUGGGCUUUGGAGCUCAACUCCCACCUGAGUGGAAGGUAUCCCAUGAGUUUGCCAUCAACUUUGACCCCACCAACCCAUUCUGUUCAGGGGUGGAGGGCAUCGCCCAGGCUUACUCCGCCUGCCUGCCUCACAUCCGCUUCUACGGCCCCACCAACUUCUCCCCCAUCAUCAACCAUGUGGCUCGCUUCGCCACCCAGGCCCUGCAGCAGGAGCGCGCAGCGCAGUACUUUACGCUGCUCAUCAUCACAGACGGCGUGAUCAGCGACAUGGACGAGACGCGCCACGCCAUCGUGCAGGCCGCCAAGCUGCCCAUGUCCAUCAUCAUCAUCGGCGUGGGAAACGCCGACUUUGCCGCCAUGGAGUUCCUGGACGGAGACGCCAGCGUGCUGCGCUCCUACACCGGCGAAGAGGCCGUGCGAGACAUCGUACAGUUCGUCCCCUUCAGAGACUUCCGGAAUGCUCCUAAGGAAACUUUAGCCAAGUCAGUGCUGGCUGAACUGCCUCAACAAGUCACUCAGUAUUUCAAGCAGAGGAACCUGUCGCCUAGCAACACAGUUCCAGAGUGAGCAUUCCGUCUGCCCAUCCUGCAUGUUGCAAAUCUACUGUUUACAAAACACCAAGGAAACAAUGCAUGAAAUGGUUUGUAAUUUUAUUUCAUUAUGUAAUUAUUUGUCCGAUUCUUUUUUAAAUCUUACCCGAAAUAUAACAUUUUAUGGAAGAUAAAAGUGGUUACAAAAAUCCCACUAUCCUUUGCAGUUCACAUCAGAGGUGUGGGGAGAAGUGAAGGAUUUUAUGAAAAUGCAUAUAUAUUGAAUGUACAUUUAUACAAUGUUCUCUGUUUUGAAGACAAAAUGUUUGUGAGCUGUUUCUAUGUAUAUUUUAUGCAGUGAUCUGUUUUUGUUGUAACUGUAUUGUGUACCCCCAGACCAAGGUGUUAUUUCCGAUUUUCUAACGUUGUGUCACCACUCAGGUCAAUAAACGUAUUGAAAUGUC